UAUUUAUAUUGAUAAUUAAAUAAGUGAUGAUCAGUGAAGUGCAGUUUUGUGACUUAAUUUUACGUAAAACAGUUGCAAUUUGGAUGUUUUAUUGCUGGACAAGAACAUGGACAAGAAUGACGCCAAUGACGUUAAAUAAUUUUAAAUGAGUUUGACAAGCAUUAAUAAAUCAAAACAGUUAGUUAAUAACAAUCAGUGAAUAUAAAAGUGUAAACAAUUGAAUCACGCUCAUCAUUUCAACAACUAUUUAUUAAAUUUGCUGAAUGAAACGUACAUACAAAAUCAAAUAGGUAUUUUAUUUUUUUCUCUUGACGAAUAAUUUUUACUCCAUAAAAAUAUCCUGACUAUUAAUAAUACCAAUAAAUGGCGAUAUAAUAAUUACUAAAUUAAACUACAUUAAUAAUGAAAUAGAAAAAAAAUUAAUUCCGAUUGUCCCACUUGAAUGUCCUGAUGAAUCCAAGUGGAUCCUGGUGUUAAUUUACCAAGUCAACACUUGAUUUUUUUUAAUUAUAAAUUUUUAAUUACAUAUAAACCUUUAAAUUUUUAUUAUUAUCAAUUAAAAAUAGGAUUAUCAAUUAAUUUCUAUCUUAAAAAAUCAAAAAGAUAAAACUUGAAAUUUUUUUUUUUCGUAGACCUUGAAUUUUAUUCAACUGUUUUUUCAUGCGCAUGACACUGCGCAUUGAAUAAAACAGCCUUCAUUUAUUUUUUAUAUAAAAAACAACUUGAUGAAUCAGCUGUUUUCUUAUCAUGUUAAAUUAAAUGGGCAUUUUUAAACAGCUUAUCAUUUUUUUUUUUUAAAUAAUUAGAGUCUUAGUACUCUGUAUUUUUUUUUCCAAUGAUUUAUCACAAUGAGCUCGUCCAUUUUAUUGUCAACAAGUUGUAACACAUUUUUUUAUUCGUAUCAUUUAACUCUCACGUGUUGAUAAAAGUUUAAAAACAUCAAAAAAAAAAAUAAAUAAACAACAUCAUGAAUUCUAUAAAGAAGAAAAACAAUGUCAACUGGAUUUACCUUGUUAUAUUUUUGGAUUUCUUUGCUGUUAGCCUAGUACUACCAUCAAUGUCAAUGUACCUAAAAAAUUUAGGAGCAUCAUAUUCAAUGAUUGGUGCAAUGUCAUCAACAUAUGCUUUCACACAACUCAUCAGUGGACCAAUAAUUGGUAGCUUGAGUGAUAGAAUGGGAAGAAAAAAUAUACUUUUAAUUUCUUGCCUCAUAAUUGGUUGCUGUUAUUCUGCUGUUGGAUUAUUGAGCUCAUUGUUCAUCAUUUUAUUAUUAAGAGCAACAAUUGGUGUGUUUAAACAUACUCAAGUAUUAAUUAGAGCAAUAAUUGUUGAUCAAGUAGCAGAAAAUCAACAGCCACUUAUUUUUGGUCGUCUUAAAUCAGUUAUUGGAAUAAGUUUUUCACUUGGUCCAAUAAUUGGUGGUCAUUUAACUGAAAUUGAUGGAGGAUUUACCUACGUUGCAUUGACUGCUGGUAUCCUCUUUGGCUUCAACACUGUUGUUGUAUAUUUAUUCUUCAAUGAAACAUUAUCUGAUAUUAAAAAACCAAAUGUACCUGAUGAAAAACCACAAAGACUGAUUGAUGGUAUGAUAACCGCUAUUGAUGAUUUAAAAAGUAUCAAUUGGCUAAUAUUUGGUGAUGUAUUUAUCCUUAAAUUUAUGAGUAGCCUAGCAAGUGUUGCAUAUUAUUCAAAUUAUAAUUUAAGACUUCAAGCAAGAUUUGAUGUGUCACCAAAAGUAUCUGGUUAUACAAUUGCAUUUCAAAGUAUGAUUGGUGUAUUAACUGGUUUUUUAAUAAGUAAAAUUAAUGAUAAAUUUUAUACAAAUGAUGUUAAUUAUAAAAAACGUAAUACACAUAGUUUUAUGUUGAUGACAUUGACAUACUCAUUGUCAUAUUUAUCACCAAAUUUAAUGAUAUUUUUGAUAUCAGGAAUGUUUUUUCAAAUAGCCCAUAUGAUUUUGAGGGUGUCAUUGACAAAUGUUGUCAUUCAACGAUCACCAGUAUCAAAGCAAGGUUCUGUUGCUGGUUUUGAUCAAAGUAUAAUAAGCAUUGCCAGGAUGAUAACACCAUUAACAGUUGGUAUUAUUGAAGACAUGUUUGGCUCAAGUAGUGGUAUCUUAUUGUCAAUUUUUACUAGUAUUAUUGGAUUAUUUGUUUCGUUAACAUUCACAACGUCACAUAUCAAAGCUUCAUGACAACUGUAAUAUCACAAAUUGUUAAUUAAUUAUUAUAAAUGUAUUAUAUAAUACAAUGUUGAUUUUUCAUAGGUUUACAAAUAAAAAAACAGUGUAAUUUAGAAUUUGACUUAUAUUAUUAUGUUGAUACUAUAAUUUUGAUAAAUAUGAUAAUAACAAACUGUACAACUUAUAAAUAACUUUUGGAUUAUUGUUUAUUAA